AGUUGGGUUCAAAUGACAGAAGAAAGCCCUUGCUUGCGGAAGCAGAUCUAUCAGGUUCCGCCAAGAGAACCGUGUCUAUGGGCUUCACCUCCCGAUGAGACCCCUUUUGCACAGGAGAGUUAAUUUCGGUCCUUCCCUGUGCGGUUUCUUUUAAACCCAAGGCUAUGUUUGAAGAAAAGAACACAGAUUAUACCACUGUAAGUAAAUGUGGUUCAUUAGCCCCUAGAAGGGGUUUGCAGGUGGGAUAUGGGGAAAGGGGGCAGGAAUGAAAUUGCUGGCUCUGGGCAUUAGUGACUAGCUGCCUUCCAUGUGGCCCUAAGCCUACCUUCAGAACUAGAGUCCUGGUGAGGAUCUCUAGGUACCGCUCCCUGUCUGCUUCUGGCCCUCUAGGACCAUCUGUGCACACGCCCCUCAUCGUCCUCAUGUGGCAGCUCUUAGCUUUGUCUUGACUGUGUGAGAGAAGACGAAUCAGCAUGUAGGAUGCGGUCUGACUAAAGGGCUACAAAGAACUUCAGAGGUCACGUGGCCCAGGUGUCUCUCCUUACAGAUAAAAAAAUCCUGAAGUCACAGGUAAGUGGUUCCUUGCCCUGAGACGGAUCUUCCUUCCCUGCCUGUUAAAUGCCUGCCCCUGCAGACACUGGGAAACAUCCUCUGCCCAAACAGACCCACUUAUCGCUUGCCCGGGAGACAGAUGGCAUUCUCUUACAAGGGAAACCCAGGGGUGGUAAUCAACCAUGGUGUCUCCUUAUUCCUGGCCUGAAGAAAUAGAGAAAUAAACCAAGAAAUCAGGAGCAUGGGAAGCAACCAGACAUGGGUCACAGAAGUCACCUUGCUGGGAUUCCAGGUUUAUCCAGCACUGGAGUUUUUUCUCUUUGGACUUUUCUGUCUCUUCUAUAGCCUCACUCUUCUGGGGAAUGGGGUCAUCUUAGGGCUUAUCUGCUUAGACUCUAGACUGCACACCCCCAUGUACUUCUUCCUCUCCCAUCUGGCCAUCGUUGAUAUGUCCUAUGCUUCCAACAAUGUACCCAAAAUGCUGGCAAAUCUUUUGACUCAGAGAAGAACCAUAUCCUUUGUUCCUUGCAUUAUGCAGACUUUUUUGUAUCUAGCUUUUGCUCACGCAGAGUGCCUGAUUUUGGUCGUGAUGUCCUAUGAUAGGCUUGUGGCGAUCUGCAAUCCCCUACAUUACACUGUCAUCAUGAGCUGGAGAGUGUGCACAGUCCUGGCCAUCACUUCCUGGGUGUUUAGCUUCCUCCUGGCCCUCGUCCAUUUAAUUCUCAUCCUGAGGCUGCCCUUCUGUGGACCUCAUGAAAUCAAUCACUUCUUCUGCGAAAUCCUAUCUGUCCUCAAGCUGGCCUGCGCUGACACCUGGCUCAACCAAGCUGUCAUUUUUGCGGCCUGUGUAUUUAUCUUAGUCGGGCCCCUCUGCCUGGUGCUGGUGUCCUACACGCGCAUCCUGUUCGCCAUCCUGAGGAUCCAGUCCGGGGAGGGCCGCAGAAAGGCCUUCUCCACCUGCUCCUCCCACCUCUGCGUGGUGGGGCUCUUCUUUGGAAGCGCCAUUGUCAUGUACAUGGCCCCCAAAUCCCGCCACCCUGAGGAGCAGCAGAAGAUCCUGUCCUUGUUUUACAGCCUUUUCAACCCUAUGCUGAACCCGCUGAUCUACAGCCUGAGGAACACAGAGGUCAAGGGCGCCCUGAGGAGAACACUGUACAAACAGAGGCAUGUAUGAAGGAUACCAAAAACCAACAUGGGGAAAGGCAUUUUGCUCCCAAUGAAAUCUGGCAGGUGGCAUUUUCACCUUGUGCUAUAAUAAAUACCACAUUAACAUAGAAUCUUUUAGACUUAAAUAUACAACCUGAAGCCAUGUAGACUUUAGAAAAUAAAAUAGAUGAAUGUCUUCAUGACCAUUGGUAGGCAAAGAUUAUUAGAGAUGAUGCAAAAAGCACAAGACAUAACGUUUGCAAAAUUGAUAAAUAUUAGACCUUUUCAGAAUCAUUCUGAUUUUCAAUAUUCCUGUGAAGAAAGCAAGCCACAUACCAAGUGUUGUACAUUUUAAAUGCAACGGUGAGUCAAGUACAACCACAUGAGGAGACAAAGAGAUAUAUUAGGAAAGCACAAAGUUUGUUGUCCUCACAGGUUCUGGAAAAGGAGGCAGGAUCCCAGGGACAUGUAGGAAAGACACCAGGGUGGUCAGAAGGCAGAAGACAGGAGCAAGAGAAGGUUUACAUCACUGCCUUUAUGUACAUUUCCACAGAAAACAACCAAUAAAGGGUGUAUAAGAACAAUAAAGGGUGUAUAAGAACCUUUUGUGGGUUCCUAUAAAAGGCAAAUCUUUGCCAUGUAAAGAAAGGGCAUCACCAUGCAGGCAGGGUGGUGGUGGAGACUGCAGACCCUUUUGACAGCCUCUGUACAGCACGACAAAGCUCA